ACAAUGACGAGAUUGAGGAGCUUUGAUUAGCCUAGGGUCGCACCAGCUUUGCCCAGCUGUGCGCGGGCGGUAAAAUGCAGCGGCUUCGCGAUUUUCUUGAUUGACGGAGGGAGGGACUCGGGCUUCUUGGCAGCAUGACACGUGGCUGUGAACGAUUUAUCGCGUCGCUUGGCCGUCGGCUGGCUCGUCGCGCGCCGUACCAAGGGUGCCGUGACCUGAACCCAGCAGCUGGCUCGCCGCUUAACCCCGCCUCUGUGACGGCGCUCUCUAGUUAUUCUUCCACGUGGUAUCGUCAAAUCUGUCAACCGCGCGGCAUCCUACCUCCAGGUCGCCUCGAACGUGCUUCGAAAUUACAGAAUCUAGGGCUAGUAGCGUCUCUUAGCAAUAUUAGCGACUAUUCGAAUGACUGUCGUCGGCCACCGCAGCACUCCUGGCCGCGUCAGUCACUAGCAGCUUCGCCUGUUGCCACGUGUCAAUGCCCUUCCCACCGAGCGAAAGUUCCUCACACCUUCCUUCCGCCGCCUCCUGUUCCCGCAUCGGCGGGGCUCGCGUUCGUCCCGCGCUUCACCGCCCUCCGCGGAGAAUGGCCCGCCGCCCUUCCGCCACCCGCCACUCCGCUUUCCGCGCAUGCAGCAGGGCGGAAGGGGAAGGACGGGGGGAGAAGCAGAAGGCGGCGUCGGGGGGAGGACGAUGCAGCAGCAGCCGCAAUAGCUGGAGAGAGCGACGAGUCGUUGAUUGCAGAUGAAGAGGCUUAUAAGGAGGAUGGAGAGUCGGGCGAAAACACUGCGGAGAGUGAAGCAGAUGCGGCUGUAAAAGCAGAUUCAGGCCACGGCACACGCAUGCUGGUGGUGCAGCCAAGAACACAUCCCCGCUGGCUGCUGCGCGCCAAGCUGAGCGAGGCCCUGCGAUUGGUGGACUCGCUGACGGGCACGGACAGCCAAUGGGAGAUGGAGCAGCGGACGUGGGGGGGAGGGGAUGAGGAGCAGCACGUGUGGCGGGGCGGGGAGGAGCGAGAGCGGCCGGGGCAGGAAGGGCAGCAGCAGCAGCAGCAGGAGCAGGAGCAGCAGCUGCAGGCGGAGGAGGAGGGAGAAGAGCGAGAGUGGCAGGAGGGGCGAGAGCAGGCACGGCAAUGGGACGAAGCUGAGGGGAGAGGGAGGAGAGCGCGGAGCGGGGAUGGGGUUGAGGGGUUUGGGUUCCCGCCGCCGGGAGGGGGCCAUCCGUGGGUGGUGGUGCACAGCAGGGGGCGGGGGGUACGAGCAGGAUCCUUCUUCGGUAGUGGAACCAUCGAGAGCAUAGCUGCACAUGUGCACGCAUCUCAUACCAUGGGGGUGCCAGUGGAGGCGGUAUUUGUGAAUGCCAGCCUGUCAGGCGUGCAGCAGCGCAACCUGGAGGCUGCGUGGGGCCUACCAGUGGUGGACAGAGUGGGGCUCAUCAUCGAGAUCUUUGGUGCCCGCGCCAGAACACGCGAGGCCAAGCUUCAGGUGGAGAUGGCAGGUUUGGAAUUCCAGCGCAGCCGGCUGGUUCGGCUGCGAGGCUCGACGGGGCGCAGGCUCGGGUUUGGUUCGGGAGGGGAGCAGCAGGUGGUGAGUGCGAGGGGACGGGCGGCAGGAGGACGAGGGUUCCUGGCCGGCGCAGGGGAGAGCGAACUACAACUGCAGAGACGACGAAUAGCAGAGAAGCAGCACAAGCUGCGGCAGCAGAUAGAGCAAGUGAGGAGGACACGUGGCCUGCACCGAUUGGCCCGCAGACGAGCCUCCUGGGAGGGCGGGGGAAAGGGCAGAGGGCUUCCGGUGGUGGCUGUAGUGGGGUACACCAACGCUGGAAAGUCAACUUUGGUAACAGCCCUAUCGCAGUCUCCCCAAUACAUUGACGACCGGUUAUUUGCAACUUUAGAUCCUCGGGUGCGUGCAGUCAAGCUACCAUCAGGGCGCAGGGUGCUAUUGAGCGACACGGUGGGGUUCAUAUCCGAUCUCCCGCAUCAACUAGUCGAGGCAUUUCACGCCACGCUGGAGGAAGUGAUCGAAGCUGAUCUUCUGCUGCAUGUGGUGGACGCGUCAGCACCCGACAUGCAUCAGCAGCGCCAGGCUGUCAUGCACGUGCUGGCGCAGAUGGGGGUCCCGCUGGACCACGGGAUGGCUACUGACGUCAGCAUGGCGGCUCGUACAAGCAUGGAGGCAAGCCGUGGCAUGCGUGGUGCAAGCAUGCAUGGGGAAAGCAGCAGGAGGGAGGGGAGGUUCUUCACCCACCCACGGAUAAUCGAGGCUUGGAACAAGGUGGACCUUCUUCCCCCCUCACAUCCUCUGCUCUCCGGCUCUUCCCUGAUAGAGUCAACCCUUCAUAAAAGCACAUCGAUUUGGGAUAAGCCCAUCGCAACAGAGCAGGUAGUACGUCUGUCUAGAUCUCAUGACCGGACACAGAACGAAUUGUUGGAAAUCCACUCAAGAACGGACGAGGUCAAUGGGCGAUUUGAGACGAGUGAGAAUGCAGGGUUUGGUGCAGAGUUGGAGGGUGGAUGGACCAUUCAAGGUGAUGCUGGAGACAUCCCUGGAUGCCAGGAAGCGGUCGAGGAGGAGGAUGAGGAGGUUUUUGUGGAGGAGCAUGAGGCAGAUGAAUUGGGAGGGUUGGGGAUGGAUGGACAAGGAGAGGACUUCACCCGGAGCAGAUGUUUGGAUGGAGGGUUUGAAUCAUUUGCCAGCACUUUAUGCUGCGAGGGUGCUAUGUGGAAGGGAGCUUCAGCCCACCGCACUUCGUUUAGGCCGCGGAUAAUAUCGGCAGUUUGUGGCAUUGGCUUGGAGCAGCUUCUGAAGGAGGUCGAUGAAGCUCUGGUUGAAAGAGGGAUAUAGCAGUCAUUUGCAUUUCAGUACAUAACAUGUGCUUUUACAUUUUGUUAAGUC